AUGGCUGGCCUUGCGCGGUUUUCCACAUUGCCAAUUGAAUUGCGUCUGAUGAUUUGGGAGUUCGCGGUUCCAAUGCGAAUCAUCGAGGUCGGAGAACCAUGCGACCCAGAUAUCAUACCAGAGACAGACCUCCGGAAAGCAUGGCUCCUCAAUCUCAAGUAUCCAGCAAUUGCUCAUGUCUGUCACGAAUCCCGCCAAAUUGCUUUAGCUAAGGUCAAGCUCCCGGAACAAUUCCUCCUUGCACCAGACUACCUGACUGACUCGCGAUGGUGGUGGAAGUCUACCGAUGUUGUUCACUUCAAUGCUCCUGAUACGUCUAAACUUGCCAAUGAAGAGAGAUGCAGGUUGCAGGAGGACCUCCUUGAUUUGAUAAAAGUCCCCGUUCUACGCAAAAAGGUAUCUAUCAGUGCGGACCUUAUCCACCCUUUUCUACGGUUCCGUGGAAUUCCUGAUAUCCCAAUCUCCUUGGUAUGGGAUGUCAUUUUCUCACUGGAUAGAUGUAUCAUUGCAUUGCACACUGUGUGCAUCCGAGCCACAAAAGAGGACGCCGGAAAGCUGGGUUUGUUUGGCAAUGGCGAAGAGCCAGCACAGUUGAUCGAUCCGUUUGAUAAGCCAGCUAUCCAGCGUCUCAGAGAACUAUGGAAUAACACCAAGAAAGAAGUUUCUGCAGAGAAGUUCUUUGACACAAUCGAUACCAAAAGGUUUGAGUUUCGUGUGCACAGGUGGGUUGCGGAAAUGGCCAUUGAGUACAUCAAGUUCAGGUGGAUCAGUCCACAGGGCACAAACUCAGGAGCACUGCAUAUCAUUGCAAGGCUUAGCCAGGACCCAAAGCAAAUAAAUGCCCCAGACGUUCAAGAAUAUCUGGUCGGAUGUCCUAUACUGGACCUCAGGAUCUUGUUUCGACUCUGCCCACCUGCAGUGGUCGAGCCCGUGAUGACAUAA